AUGAUAUCUUCUCGAGCCCUCAAAAAUGUCACUGAGCUGGGACGUCCAUGGCGAUUCACCCCUACACCGACCUAUGAUGCCGAUACCAAUCCUACGGGACUAAUCUCCUUUGGAUUGGCGGAGAACAGACCGAUGAGAGAAGAAAUCGCCAAGUACAUCAAUGAAAAGGUUGUCUUCACCACAGAUUCGAUCAGUUACCGCUCCACCGCAACUAUAAAUGCGCGAUUACCUGCCAUCGCUGCUGCCCAUCUGAAUAAAGUCUUGGGAGCUUAUACACCUAUCGUGCCCGAGCAUGUCUUUGUUGCUGAGUCCCCUACUUCCUUAGGUAACAUGCUUGGUUACAAUCUGGCUGAGCGUGGGGAAGCUAUUCUUGUCAGUCGACCAGUAUAUGGUCGAUUCGAGCUGGACUAUGGCGUUGAAGCAGGUGUUGAGAUUGUAUAUGCUGAUACAACAAUUGAUGAGGCCUUCGCUCCAACAUCGGUGGAGAAAUAUGAGCAAGCCUUUCAGGAGGCUAAUGAGCGAGGGGUGAGGAUUCGCGCUGUGCUUAUCGUUAAUCCAAACAACCCUGUUGGACGAUGCUAUCCAGCGGAUACGUUAAAAGCAAUCGCCCGCUUCUGUGAUAAAAACAACAUCCAUCUCAUCAGCGACGAAGUCUACGCCUCGUGUGUCUUUGAUUCCGGUGAUUUUGACGCCGUACCGUUCACUUCGAUUCUAGCGUUAGACCUCAAGGAAAUAAUCGACCCCAAUCUUGUCCAUGUUUUGUAUGGAUUCAGCAAGGAUUUUGCAUCUGGUGGUCUGCAUCUUGGCUUCUUGAUAACUCAGAGCCAGCAACUUGUUCAAGCAUGCAAAAUGAUUCUGCGACUACAUAGUGCCUCCCAAGCUGCCAUUACCAUUGGGACUACCAUCCUUGAUGACCAAGACUUCGUGUCAAGCUUUACAGCUAAAUCACGGGAAAGUCUAGCAGCGGGUUAUCGGCUGGUUACCUCCAUCCUGGAACAAGGAGGCAUCGAUUACGCUAAGGGAGGGAACGCGGGCUUCUUCGUCUACGUCAAUCUUUCGCCUUUCCUCUCAAAUGACGGUUCCCCAGCUCAGGAACAAGAAUUUGCUUUGGCGCAGAAGCUCGUCGAUGCGGGUGUUUUCCUUCAUCCCGGAGAGGAACACGGGAAGGAUCUUGGAUGGUUUCGUUUGGUAUUCUCGCAAGACGAAAACACUUUAAGAGAAGGUCUUAGAAGAUCUUUGUCAAAUUCGAUGCAAUACUAUGCAUGA